AUGACCACUCUCCACCAUUCGACGUCCACCGCAGAGCGUCGCCACCGCAGCCACAGAUACGCGCCACAACAGGCCUCCUAUUCAUAUUCGACUUUCAACGGACGCGAUAUCGACGCCCCCUGGCGAGACAUGACGAACACAUUUACUUGGGUCGCAGAGCAAGAUUUUAUGGACGGAGGGAAGCGUAGCGUGAAGAUAGACGACUGGGUCAGGGACCAACGCAAGAUCCUGAAGCCCAGCAAAGAAGUUGAAUACGUUUCAUCACCGAGUCGACCGCGGGGAGCGGCCAAGCUGCGCAGGGAGCAGUGGGAGGAGCUCGCGUAUAUGUGGGAGGUUGAGGCUGAAGAGUGGAUGCGGCAGGAGGAACGUGCUCGGAGAGUGGCACACGAGCGAGAGAAGGCGAGGCAAAGGAUCCAGGAUGAGCUUCGAAGGAUCGACGCACGCCUGCAGCAGAAGCGCGAAGCAGAGCGGCUGGAACGGGAAGAAGCUCGACGCAAGGCGCACUCAGAAACGCGCGAGAAGGAGAGAAGGGAUCGUGCCAAGCUCGACAAACUAAUAUUGGACGCUUGGGCAAACUACGAAUCACGCUGGUCGUCGCUGCCUUCGUCCUCGGAGCUGUUAGACUUCAAGAGGACGCCAUGGCCGCUUAUUCUUCCUCCACGGAACACAGAGGACAUAACGCAGGACGCUAUCGUCGGGUUCCUCUAUUCUCCUUUACAUUCGCAGCAUCAGACUCGCAAAGAGAGGAUCCGGAGCGCUCAACUUCGAUGGCACCCGGAUAGGUUUCGACGGUUUUUGAGACGGGUGCCGGACGCUGAGAAGGCAGUCGUCGAGGAGGGCGUCGGCAUUGUCGCGCGUUGUCUGAACGAACUGAUGGAAAAGGAGAAGAAGAGGGCUAUUUAUUGA